CCUAGGGUGACCAACAAGGUUGGCUCCAACGUCACCUUGAUCAAUGUCAUGCAGAUUGCCGGACUCAACACCCUCGGCAUCUCAAUCGCGCGCAUCGACUAUGCUCCCUUGGGCCAGAACCCACCACAUACGCACCCCCGCGCCACUGAGAUCCUCACAGUGCUCGAGGGGACACUAUACGUUGGCUUUGUCACAUCCAACCUGCCCGCCCCAGCCAGAAACAAGUUCUUCUCGAAGGUGCUCAACAAAGGUGAUGUGUUUGUCUUCCCCGUGGGGCUCAUCCACUUCCAAUUCAACCCCAACCCCCAUCAGCCCGCCGUUGCAAUUGCCGCGCUCAGCAGCCAGAACCCAGGGGCUAUCACAAUUGCCAAUGCAGUGUUUGGGUCAGACCCACCAAUAUCCGAUGAUGUUCUUGCCAAGGCGUUUCAGGUGGAAAAGAAUACAAUAGACUGGCUCCAGGCUCAGUUCUGGGACAACAACCACAACUAAGUGAAAGGUUGGCUGAUUACACAGAAGAUCAGUGCGCAAAUUAAGGACAUGUUUGAGUUUCUAGAUAUGUAUCCUAAUCUAUAAAAUAAAUGGAGCAUAUGCCAUUCCAUUCCGUGUCUGUAAUGAGUGAAUGUACUUCUACCUUCAGAAUAAUUGACAAUAUCGUUGUUUAUCACA